AUGUCGGUGCCCAAACCACCUACCGAUCUCACCAAUGACGAAGAAACCGAGAUCGACUAUCUUCCAAUAAAAAGGAUCGAAAAACUCGAGCGCUACCGCAAUGGCGGAUAUCACCCUGUGCAACUAGGUGACAUACUAGGAAAGCACUAUCGUGUCGUGCACAAGCUGGGAUUCGGAACAUACUCCACCACCUGGCUGGCUAUCGACACAAUCACCAAUCGUUACGUUGCAAUCAAAGUCGGUGCUGGCUACUCGAACCCGGUCGAAGUGGAUGUGAUUACAUGUCUUCAGACCUCAUCCUCCAUUGAAGCUAGUGUAAUCAGCACUGUGAUUCCACCCGUCUUCGACGCCUUUGAAAUUGUGGGACCUAAUGGCAAGCACCCUUGCUAUGUGACCGCCGUUGGAGGAGCAAAUCUGGAGAGCGCAAAAUCAAAUUCACACAAGCGACUUUUUCCGCUUGAUGUUGCUCGAGCAAUGGCAGCCCAACUCAUCAUUGCCGUUACACAUGUCCAUGAGAAGGGGUUUGUGCACGGGGAUGUGAACUUGUCGAAUGUGGUUCAACGGUUGCCAUUCAACAUGGAUGAACUUUCUGUCGAGGCUAUUUACGAGGAAUUCGGAGACCCGGUGCGCAGACCCAUCUUACGUUUGGAUGACCAGCCAUUGACUGCCGCCAUUCCAAAUGAGGGCAUCGAACCAAUUUGGUUGGGGAAAACUUGUGACGAGAUCACUCUUUCCGAAGCCAAAAUCAUGCUUAUCGACUUUGGAGAAUCCUACGUGCCUUCGCUGCAAGCACGCCACGAGUCGAAUAGCCACUCAGCCUACCAGCCCCCGGAGGCUCUAUGGAAUACUCGGACACCGAUGACGUUCUCUUCGGAUAUCUGGACACUGGCAUGUUCGUUGUGGGAUCUAGUGGCGUGGUUCCCGUUAUUCAAAAGCUACUUCUCAGCGCAAGACAAUAUCACCGCUGAGCAAAUAUCCGUCUUGGGAAGACUACCUCCUGGAUGGUGGACCACAUGGGGAAGGAAGUUCACUGCUGCCCGUAAACGAUUCGAUCUGGAAGGAAAACCACUGGAGGCGGUCCGGUACCCGGACAUGGAAACACGAUUCGAACAUGCGGUACAGCAGCCGCGACGGGACAGAGGUAUGGAGGCCAUGGGCGAUGAAGAGAAAGGGGCCUUUUUCUUAAUGCUUCGGUCGAUGCUUGUGUUCCGCCCCGAGGGGCGGGUCACUGCUCAACAGGUUCUGGAGUCGGAGUGGAUGGCACGGUGGGCUCUUCCUGAGUAUGAGAGGGUCCGAAAGCACUACGUUCAGGGCCACUGUGAAAGCUAG